AAGUCAUAGUGUCAUUUCGUGGUGACAUCCAAAAGGUGCGAAACGAUGUCGUCGUACUUUGGCCACUUGGACUCCUCAAUCGAUGAUGACCUUGAAGAGAGGCUUCACAACUGGAUUGAGAAGAGCCGGGCACCUGAGGACACUUCCGCUGACUCGCUGGAAGAACUUCAUAAGAAGAUAAAAUGGGUUCGUAGCAGCAUUUCGCAUCAUACUGCGCGGUUGGGUGGGCCGUGGUUGCCCCCCACCUUGCCUUUCCUAUUGACAUUUGAUCCUCGCACAAGGAUUUUCGCCAUUUCUUUUGCUAACCUCCUCUGCAUCGACAUCGACGAAAAGGACGGCUGCGACAAGACGACGGCGGCCGAAGUGGUGGAGCGCUACGCCAAAAGCCACGGCCUCACGUUUCGUCUGCUGGAAACAGAUCGAGGGAUGCACGCCUAUUGCACUUCAAGGACGUUUGAUCCACGAGAAUCCGAAACCUGGGAGAUGAUGCGCAACUUGAAAUGUGAUCUUUACUACAUUGCCUUCUCCACAUUUCGUGGCUUUUCCUAUCGCUUGAGUCCAAAGUUCUUCGAUUCAGACGAGACGAGGGAAUUGCAAGUCCAAAAGAAGAAGCAGGACUUUGACCAUGAGUUCGUUCAAAGGGAGUGGUCCCAGAAGAUUGUCGGACCUGAAUCUGGUGAAGACCCGGCAUUGGUAAGCAUGGUCAACUUGACUUUGGAGCUCACGCGCUACAUCAAGAGCAUUCCCAACCUUUGGCUUCAGGUAUCAUGGAACUUGUGCUGGGACUGGCUACUCCGCGACAUUUGCAACUUUGCCAAGAAUGAAUACAUGAAGCUCUUGGAACAGCCCGGCCCUUCAACCUUGGCAUUGCAUUUGUGGAUGAAAUCCUCCAACACGAUGAAUUUGCAGUACAUGAAUGACCUGAUGGACUGGCAGCCUUGCAAGAAUCCCCAGCAUCUACGGGCAAAGACUGCGGAUGGCAAGACCAUCGUGAUUUAUCACCAUGAAGCAACGGCGCGCCACCCAGAAGGCGGCUGGUAUUUUGUACAUGCAGAGAAGCACCGUGGUCCUUUCGAAUCCCAGCGAGCAGCAAAGAAUGCAGUUGCUGAGACGUUCAGGGGCCAAAUGCCAAAGAAUGUUGAGAUGGCUCUCUUGAAAGAUCCAGGUGAAUGCCCUCAUUGGACUGUUUGGAUGGUGCGCCAUGUGGACUUGGAAGGGGCAAACCUAUUGCGACUACUUUGGUGCUUGAUGGGGUGCUUUCUUGUGCUGCUCAUGGUUUCUCAGCGACGUUAGUGUUGCGCGCUUUUCCAUGGCGGAUGACCACUUGAUCUUCCAAAAGCAUCACGCGCAAAUACUUGCAGCACACUGCAAAGUCAAAAGUAUCUCUAGUGGUCACUUCAAGACCCGAGCAGGGUGAAUCAGUAUGUGUGGAUAGUCUCGUACCAGGAGGCUCUACUUCGAAGAUGAACUGAUGGCCAAAACUCCUCACUUUUUGGAGUUUGCAAGCUUUGACUGUGUGUCAAUAAUUAGCUUUGACUGUGUGUCAAUAAUUAGAUCCGGGGUCGCGACGCUGUGGCUGUUGCACAGAUUGUCAACUUAAGUGUAUUUCCAAAUUGCCGGGAAUCACCUGGCAAGUUGGAAUGGUGGAUUUGUAGGAUGGCAGCACUCACUGAGCUGUUGAAGUUCGACUUUCCAAUUGGAGGGGAUGGGUGUAGAUUGCAUGGUGUAGUCUGACCUGCAGCAUGCAUUCACUCUACAACUUGGCAAUGUGAGAAGGCCUGCGCAGCAGAAAUUGGUAAA